AUGCCUUCUUUCCAUAAUGCUUACUAUGAAGCAGCUGAGUACAUACUCUUAUGCAUCAAACAUAAUAAGCCAAACCUUAAAACUGCCAUUGCAGUCUGGUGGAACCCUCCAUGGGGAGGAUCCUAUAAACUAAAUACUAAUGGAGUAUGUAUAGGCAACCCAGGGAGAGAGAGAAGAACUAGAGGGGUCAUUGGAAAUGCUAACGUGGAUUGGGUUCUAGGCUUCUGCAAUACCUUUAGUUUGGCUACCAAUAAUCAGCUAAAAUUACUUGCUCUUAAUGAAGGUUUAAAGUUAAUUGAAUAUAACAAUUUCCUUCCUGCAGAAGUAAAUGUUGAUUCCAUGAAGGCAAUUAACAUGCUUAAGAAUGGGAACCUUCACUAUAAUGCUAUACUUGAUGAAUGCAGGUCAAGGUUAAGGAGGUUGGAAGCUCCUGUGGUGCAACACUGCUAUAGAGAGCAAAAUCAGGUGGUGAAUGCCCACUUUUAA